AUCCGCUGCCAGCCCGGGGUAGUCGGCGGGCGCCGAUUGGCCGGCGCAUCCCCAGCGCAGCGCCGGCGAGGAGGCCGCGGGCGAUUCCUUGCCUUCCGACCAGCGGCGUGAGCGUCAAGCCGGGCCGAGCCGGCGAGGAGGUGGAAGGGUCGCCGCCGCCGCUGCUGCCGCCGCCGCCGCUCCCAUGGCCAUGGCUACGUCCUCCUGGGUUCCGAAGGUCCUGCGUUUUCUUGAGGGGUUCAGAAUUCAGAAACAGGUGACCAGACAUUUUGCUAGUACUCCUCAGACGGUAACACUGAUCCCAGGAGAUGGUAUUGGGCCUGAAAUUUCUGCUGCUGUGGUGGAGAUUUUUGAAGCUGCUAAGGUCCCUGUUCAGUUUGAAGAAAGAAUCGUGACUGCCAUCCAAGGGCCAGGAGGGAAGUGGAUGAUACCACAAGAUGCCAAAGAAUCUAUGGACAAGAACAAAAUAGGAUUAAAAGGUCCUCUGAAAACACCCAUAGCUGCUGGCCAUCCGUCCAUGAAUUUACUGCUCCGUAAAACAUUUGACUUAUAUGCAAAUAUCCGCCCUUGUGUGUCCAUUGAGGGCUACAAGACCCCUUACACAGAUGUGGACAUCGUCACCAUACGAGAGAACACGGAAGGCGAAUACAGUGGCAUUGAGCACAUAAUUGUGGAUGGUGUUGUGCAGAGCAUUAAACUCAUCACCGAGGACGCAAGCAAACGGAUUGCUGACUUUGCUUUUGAAUAUGCCAGGAAUAAUCAGAGGAGCAAAGUAACGGCUGUGCAUAAAGCUAAUAUUAUGCGUAUGUCUGAUGGUUUGUUUCUGAGAAAAUGUAGAGAAGCAGCAGAAAACUGUAAAGAUAUUAAAUUUAACGAAAUGUACCUCGACACUGUGUGUCUGAAUAUGGUGCAGGAUCCAUCUCAGUUUGAUGUCCUGGUCAUGCCCAAUUUGUAUGGGGACAUACUUAGUGAUCUAUGCGCGGGCUUAAUCGGGGGUCUUGGUGUGACUCCUAGUGGGAAUAUUGGUGCUAACGGAGUUGCAAUCUUUGAAUCGGUACACGGAACAGCUCCGGAUAUUGCCGGAAAAGACUUGGCCAACCCAACGGCGCUUCUCUUGAGUGCUGUCAUGAUGUUGCGUCACAUGGAAAUGCAAGACUUUGCCAUGAAAAUAGAAACGGCUUGCUUUGAGACCAUCAAAGACCAGAAGGUCUUGACCAAAGAUUUGGGAGGCAAAGCCAAGUGUUCAGAGUUCACCGCAGAGAUCUGUCGCAGAGUCAGAGCCAUGGAAUAGACAUCUUCUCCGUGUCCCCCUGGUUUCAAUCCCCCCUAAAGGAUGCUGUUAUUUAUUACAUGUCAGAUCCAUUUCUCUUCUUUUUCUAGAAAUAAACUCCUUUCCAUUUCCAUUGCUUGAAACAAUGAAAUUGUUAGCUACCCCUGCAUUUCAGACUCUUCCACUUUCCAGAAACGCUCCCCCCAGCAGGAGAAGACACUCCUCAAGCUGUCCUUAAGCAGCUUCCUGGCCUUCAAAUAGCACAGAAUAUUUUUUUCCUUUGGAAAUAACUUUUUUUUUUAUUACUAACACCUGGAACUUGCCCUUCCAAAGCUUAAAGACUUGAAACUGUGGGCAUUUCAACUAUUGCACAUAAAAUGUCAAGUAUCCAGAUUUUAAGGGCAGAAGGAAUACCAUUCAGCGGUAAAACUUAACCAUGUUAACCUGUUUCAGCUUCAGUAUUUUUUUUUUAUACAUCUCUUGCUUGCUCUAGCAUUUUCCAGCGCUGAUCCGUUCUACCAAUUGCCUUUGUCUGCCGCUGAUUAUGAAGGGAACGCUAAUGCUUUAUUUUUUAAAUCUUUAUCUUGGUGAAUAUCAAAUAUAUAUUUUGGGGUUGCUAUGUAUCUGCAGGCCAUUUGUAUCGUGCUUGAAGUUUAUAGAGCUUUAGGUUAUAUUUCAGUGCAUUACUGUGCAAUGAACUGGGUUUCAAGGCACUACAGUAAAAAAGAAAUCAGAACUGUAUUUGGUGUGAGGUGGAACGACAUGGGAGAACGCUGACGGUUGCUUGAUUCAUUUUUGUCCCAGGUAAUGUGAGCCAAUGCAAAAUGCCUGCUAAGCUGGGAGUUUUCUCCUCUUGCACAGGGAUCGACGAAUGCAAUGUCCUUGAAGGGGAAUCUGACUUUGUCUUGUGGGAACAGAUGUUGAUGGAAGAGAGGAAUUGCAGAGAUGCUGGGUAUGAAAGCAUCAAUAUUUCUGCUGCCAAGUUUAUUUCCAAUCCUUCCUAAAGGAAAGGUGGAAUUUUUCUCUCUUUUCCUUGGAAAUUCUUGGAAGUCCUGUUGGCCUUUCCUUAAGUAGUACAUUGUGGUGCACAGGAGUGAUCCACCUUUGGCACCUUUUAAGACUUGCGGACUUCAUCUCCUAGACAGCCAUGCUGGCUGGGGAAUUCUGGGAGUUGAAGUCUGCAAGUCUUAAAAAGUGCCAAGUGGGACACCCCUGUCUUAAUAACGUCUUGCACUGAUUCCCUGCCCGGCUUCUGUCACUUGUGGCACAUUCCCAUUUUGUUUCCAAAUUGGAGCUGCAAGCUACAGCAGGACCACCCAUCUAACCAGGAUUGCCAACCUCCAGCUUGGUGGGAUUUGGGGGAGGGGAGGGGGGUGUUCAUUCGCAUUGAAGUCAGACCAGCAGAACUGCUUGUGUUGCUACCACGAAUUCCCAUUCAGUGUUCUCACCAAUCCGAGAAGUAGCCGUGAGGCAGCCAGCUUUAUCCUGUGUGUGAUUCUGCAUGGUGUUUAAUGCAGUCAUAUCUCGGUACGGGCUCAAAAUCUGGGAAAAACUACCUUUUCCGAAUGUGUGCUUUUGCGUCUGUACCGCGGCGUGAGGUGGGGGCCUGCCAUUUUAUGCAUAACGAGAGGAAAAUAAAAGACUUUACAAAGA